AUGAAAAAAGAUAAAAUAAAGGAAAAAUACAUAAAACUUUUGUUCAAUGAAAUAGAAAAUGAAAAAUUAGAAGAAUAUUUUGAAAAUUACGAAUAUAAUUUUGCUUCAAUAAAUUACGAUAUAUACGUUUUUAAUAAAAAAAUUUAUAAAUUAAAAAGCUUUAAUGAAAAUCUUAAGAAAGAGCUAUUGCUAUAUUUAUUUAGGUUUAAUUUUUAUGUUCCUAGGAUAAUUAGACGAAUUAUAUUCAAAAGACUAUUAAUAUAUGAUGAGAGUAAAGACACAUCGAAUUUUAAUUACAAAGUGUACCUUUUGUUAUCUUUUUUGAAAAACCCAAACAUAAACGAGACAACUCAAAAAACAGUUGAUUUAGACGUAUUCAGGACAAGAAUUGAUAAACAAAAUGAAAAAACAAUUUACUUUUUUAACAUUUUUUUAAACUAUGUUUGUAGCCACUUCCAAUUUAAAUAUAAACAGGGGCUAAACGAAGUUUUAGCCUUGUUUUUUUAUCUGAAGGGAAAAUUCUUUAAUAUAAUUGAUGUUUAUUUUUGUUUCCAAAAUUUUGUGCAAAGAUUUUUGAAAGAGUUUUACUACGAUGAUGAAUUUUUUUUUCUUCAAAUAUCUUUUUAUUUGUUUAAAAUAUUAAUUAAAUAUCACGAUCCUGUAUUGUCAGAAAUUCUUGAGAAUAAUAAAAUGAACCCAGAAAUAUACGCAGCAUCAUGGUUUCUUACUUUGUUUGCAUCUAAGAGUAAUCUUGAGAUUUUGAAUUCAAUAUAUUUGAUAUUCCUUCUUGAGCGCAAUCCAUUUUUUUUCUUUUUCUUUUCUUUGGCAUUAUUGAUUUUACAUCGAAAUGUAUUUAUAUGCGUCGAUAGUUCAAAUUUGCCCGAGUUGUUGAGCAAGAUAAACAUUUUUGAUAAGAUUUUUUUGAAAAAAGUAUGGUCAUUAGGAAAAUAUUUGGAAAAAAAUACUCCUGUAUCCUUUACCCAUAAAUUGUUUUUUAUAAAAAAUAUUUUAAUCUACUUGACUAAUGAGAAUUCCGCAGAAAAUGAUCAUAAAAAAAAUCUUUUGCUAACUUUUUUUAAAUCGAUUGACUAUAUGUCUACCAAUUCGUAUGAAAUAAUUAAAAAUAUAUCUUCAGGAAUCAAUGAUUACAUAUUCCUUGACAUAAGGCCAAAUAAACAUUUUAAAAAUUUUCAUUUUAAAAAUUCAAUAAACAUAGAUUUUGAGAAUAACUAUGAGAAUAUCCUAAGAAGAAGCAUGAAGAUAAAAAAAAAACAAAAGAAGGAAAAUAAAGUACAGAAAAAUAAUUUGUAUAUAUGGUAUAUUUUAAAAAAAUAUGAUAACCACGAAAUUGGACAUAAUUAUUUAUUACUGUUUUCAUUUUUAUUGUGCUCAAAAUAUAAUAAAAAGAUAAACAUAAGUUAUGAUGAUAAUAUUAUAUUAAAAACAAUAAACAACCAAGUACCCUCAGAAAGUAAUGAUCUCAUCUUUGAUACAUUAAAAUGGCAGAAUAAAACACGAAGAAAUAAAAAACAACGGAAUAAUAAUAUGUCAAAAAGAACGAAGGAAAUAAAAUUAGAAGGAAUUAACAAAAGAGACAAUGUAAAUAAUGGAUAUAAUAAUAAUAAGAAAAAAAAAUAUACUGAAACUGGUAACAUAUUACAUUUGGAAGAAAAUAAAGUUGUGGAUCUUAAUUUAUUUUUUUUCAACUUAUAUAAAAAUAAAAAAUCCCAUUCGAGACAAAAUAAAAUGAUAAAUAUUGACAAUAAUAGUAGAAAAAAACGAAUUAAUAAAAACAGUUCAGUAAAAAAUAUAUUAGAACCUUUGAAAUAUAUAAAUAUAAUAAAUUAUAUACGUGAAAAAAAAGUAAAAGAUUUAAAAAAAUACUACUCAGAUGAUGAUACAGUAGUUGAGAAAUUUUCUUUAACAUGUUAUCAUGUUAAAAAAUGGUUAAAUGAAAAAAUAGAAAAAGAAAAUAAAAAAAAAGGAAGAAAAAUAUCAGUACCCAUAAAAAGGGAUGGAAAUGCACACAAUGAUUCAUUAAUUAAUAUUUUUAGCAUAGAUAAAAAUAAUAAAGAUAGUGAAAUAUGCAAACAGAAAAAAUGUUUUACAAACAAAGAUGAAGAAAAUAAUAUUAAUGAUAAAAAAAAUGAUGAUACUAAUUAUAGAAGUAAUAGCUGUUUCAGUAAUUUCACAUCUUCGGGAUCAAAUAAUGAACAAAAGAAGAGUAAUGAAAUGGUUGACCCUAAAUUAAAUAUAAGCUCAUAUAGUUUAUAUGUUUUAAUAAAAGAAAAGGUUUUAAAAUAUGAAGAACUGUUAAAGGUUCCAUUUGAAAAUAUAUUAAGUUCAGAUAAGGAAAUAUUAAUACUAUAUGAUGAUGAUUUAAAUAAUUCUAAAUAUGUAAGAACAUUUUAUUAUUAUUUAUUAUAUACAUAUAAAAUAAGAAAGGUAUCAAUAAUUGAAGGUGGUAUAAACUCUUAUCAUACUUUAAUUAAAAAUGAUAGUUUUUUUAAACAAAUAGAAAAUAAUACUAUAAAUGGAAGAGUUGUAGGUGAUACUAUUGAAAAUAAUAAUUAUGAAGAUCAUUUAAAUUUUUAUUUACAUUAUUAUAAUUUUUUUAAGGAUGAGAAUGUGCUACAAUAUUGUUUUCAUCAAUCUAAUGUUUGCUAUUUGUGUAAAGCCCCAAAUAUCCCCAAAAAAUUUUUAGAUGAUUUUUUUUCCGAAAUAUAUAACGAUUAUCCUAUAUUUGAAGAGGUGUAUUAUUUUCUUACUUGUGAAAAUAUUUGCAUAAAUUUGUUGUCAUUUUAUGAUUUAAUAAUAAGAAAAAAAAAAAUAGAAAAAAUCAAAUGUGAUAAAAAAAAUAACUCAGAUGGCGCAUUAUCUCAUUUUUCAAAAAUAUUUAAUUAUAUAAAAAAAAAAAAAGAAUCAAGUUCAUUGUCUAUGCCUUCAUCGACUUGGAUAACAGAUGGUGUCUCUUAUAAUGAUAAAUAUAAUGUAGGUGCUGAAAAAGAUAGUAAAUCAUUUUUUUCUAACAAAAAAAAUAGCUUCUUGACAAAUAAAAAUUAUUUUAGUUUAAAUUAUUAUUUAGACUAUUAUUAUAAAAAAGGGAAAACAAAUUUUCCUUUUGAUCCAGAAAAUCGGUAUGAUGAAUAUGAAACUGAAAUAAAUAAAAAUGAAGAUAUGAGAAAUACGGGUAUGUGUUAUAAUUUAUGUGGAAAAAUGAAUGAAAAAGAUUUAUGUGAUCAUGAAGAAAACAAAAAAAAAAGUGACGAUAAAAUUAAUCCGGUUGAUAUAUAUGCCCAUAGAAAUGGUAAAAAUGACGAAAUGGAUAAUAAAUAUAUGGAUCGAAAUAAAAUUUUAAAUAAAAAUGGGAAUGAACAAAUUGAUGAAGAAAUGAGAAAAUGUUUUUCACUUGAAGAAAAUUCAGUAAAUGAAAAAAUAAGGAAUUUUUCAAUGUUUACAAAUAGUAUUGAUAAAAAAAAUAUUACGAAUUUUGAUACAUACAACAUAUAUUCAUAUAUAGAUGUAGUUUGUUAUAGUAGUUUGUUAGAGAAAUGCAGUGGUGACAAUGAUAAAGAUGAAAAGAUAUAUUGUGAGGAAAAUCUGAAAAAAAAAAAUGCUUGCAAAAUUUUCAACUGUUUCAUAAAUCACGUAUAUCAACCAAUAAUACCCCAUAAUAUACGAUCAAAUAACAUUAUUAACAAUUUUGUUGAAUAUGUUAAAUAUUAUAAAAGUAGUAUAUCUAAUAUCAAUAAUAACAUAGCUACCGAUCCAAAUUUAUAUUUAAAUUGCAACAAACUUGAUUCAAAAUUAUUUUUAAAUAUUCCUUAUUUGCCUUAUACAUAUUUUAGGCAACCAAAAUAUUCAUAUUAUAAAGAUAACAAAAAACAAUCUAUUGAAAAAGACGGCACGUCCUUUAAAAGGAAUAGAAAUAGUAUUAACAUAAAUUAUGAUAGUAAGAAGACCUUAGAAAAAAGUGAAGGAGCAGAUAUUAAUCAUUCAGAUUUACAAGAUUCAAAAGCAUACAACGAUUUAUUAAAUAAUUCUAUAUUAAAUAAUACAUGGAUAAAAAACAAACCCGAUUUAUCAUUAUGUAAACUAAUGAUAUAUGACAAUUUGUUAAUUCUUUAUGGGUCCCCAUAUAUAUGUGAUACAGAUAUUAUAGUGAGAAAUUUGAAUGAAGUUUCUGUUACUGAAUUUGGUAUGAAUGAUAAUAAUAAGAAGGAUUUAUGUAGUAAAGAAGAUAAUAAAAAUAAUUUGAUUAAGAAUAUAGUAUCAUCACAAAUUAAAAAGAGAAAUGAAAGCGAUAAAAUAAAUGAAAAGAAAGAAAAUAUAUUCAACAAUUUAGAUAUAGGAAGUAAAAACUUUUUGAAAGAAAAUGAAAAAUACCGAAAUAAAAAAGGAGAUAAAAACAUACAUUUAAAUAGUUGUGAUGAUAAACUAGAAAAGAUAAUAAUACAUAAAUAUAAAGAUUUGAAGAAAAAAGAUGUUUUGUUUAAUAUUGAUUGUUACAAACUAAAUAGUAUAGAUAUAAAUUGGGCAAAUAUGUCAAAUCAUAUAUUUCACAGUAUAACAAAUGAACAUAUAUAUGAUAUAUAUAAUUAUUAUCAAUCUUAUUUUAAUUUAUCAAAAAGUAACAUGUCAAGCAAAGAAAUUAUUUAUUCUUCAAGUUCUUUGUCCAGUAGUAAUUUGGUAUCACAUAUACCUGAUGAGCAGGAUUAUUCUUUUUCGGAUUAUCAUAAUUUAUAUACAAAAAAUUUGAAAGAAAAAAAUAACUUAAAUAAAACUGAAAUAUUUCAUUACAAAAAUGUAAAAAUUGAUGCAGUUAAUAUUUAUGCUAUAUUUGAUAUACGUUCUAUUUAUAAAAUCACGACCAAACGCACGCUGGGUAAAACUCUCUAUUUCUAUUUCAAGAUUAACGAGAGCACCCCCUUGAUGGGCUUAAAUUUUGAAAACGAUGCGGAGAUGCAAUCGUGUGUUUGCUCAGUUAAAGAAGUCCACACAAUGCUUUCCAAAGAAAAAAAAUAA